AUGGGGAAUGCAUCCAACACCUCAGUGUUCACCUCCACCUUAUCGGAGAGAGAAGAUCUGAUUUUUGGCUCCCUCUAUUUAGUCUUUGGCAUCCUGUCCCUGUCUGGGAACUCCCUGCUGCUGCUGGUGGCCCAUCAGAAGAGGUCCCUGCUGAAACCUGCCGAGUUCUUCAUCGUCAACCUGGCCGUCAGUGACCUGAGCAUGACAGUGACGCUCUUCCCCUUGGCCACCUCCUCCUUCUUUGCACACAGGUGGCUCUUCGGCCAGGCCGUGUGCACCCUCUACGCCUUCUGCGGGGUCCUGUUCGGGCUGAGCAGCCUGGCCAGCCUGACGGUGCUCAGCACGGUGUGCUGCCUGAAGGUCUGCUACCCGGCAUACGGGAGCAGCUUCUCCCGGCGCCACGCCGCGGGGCUGCUGCCGGCCGUGUGGGGCUACGCGCUGGCCUUCGCCGCCGCGCCCCUGGCCCGCUGGGGCAGCUACGGCCCCGAGCCCUACGGGACAGCCUGCUGCAUCGCCUGGGAGCCCUCCGGCAGGGAGGCCGCGCUCUACAUCCUCGCCCUGCUCAUCUUCUGCUACCUGCUGCCCUGCCUGCUGAUCCUGCUGUCCUACGCACUGAUCCUGUGGACGGUGCGGGUGUCGCGGAGAGCGGUGCGGCAGCACACGGGCCCGGCCCGGGGCGCCCGCGGCGGGCACGGCCUCCUGCUCAAGCUGAGCGUAGCCGUGUGCCUGGGCUUCCUGGCCGCCUGGACCCCCUACGCCGUGCUGGCGCUGUGGGCGCUGCUCGGGGACCCCGGCCAGGUGCCCGCGCUGGCCUUUGUGCUCUCGGCCGUCUUUGCCAAGUCCUCGACGCUCUACAACCCGCUGGUGCAUCUGCUGCUCAAGCCCAGCUUCCACAGGCUGCUGUCCGAGCACGGGGCGCUGCUGCGGGCGCUGCUGUCGCUGCAGUGCUGCGGCUGCCGCGCCGCUGCGCCCCGGCCCUGCCCGAGCGCCUGCAGCGGCUGCAAGGAUGCUCUGGAGGGUUUCAGGAGCUGCCCCCGGUGCUGCAGCCCCCCGUGGGUGUCCGGCAGCUCGGCCCAGCCCGGGCCCCUGGCCACGCUGGCGGGCAGGGCUGCAGGGCUGGGCAGGGCCGUGCAGGUGAUGGGGCUGGGCAGGGCAGUGCAGGUGAUGGGGCUGGGCAGGGCCGUGCAGGUGAUGGUGCUGCUCAUGCCGAGGCGGGCAGGCCUGGGCACUGCCAGCGUGGUGAGGGAGGCCCUGCCCUCGGCCAUGGCCAAGGACCUGCUCUGA